CACCCUGGAUGUCAAGUGAAAUUUGGCGGUGUCAACGCCAAUUUCGUGAGGGAAAAGACAUUAGGCGUAGACGAGAAAAGACAAAUAUCGUAGUUUAAAUUGGUCAAACGCCAUAUUAUGGACACAAGUAUUGAUCACCAUGGAGACUUCUGCGUUGUUGCUCCAGUAACUGCAUUGCCACCAAAAUCUGCUGGAAAUCGAUACAUCUUAAAUAUGCAAUAAGUCGAAGUAGAACGUGGUCUGAUAGUUUAUUUAUGGCAGACUUACAAAAGCCACGGUCGACCGUAGUGUUUGUGCGAUGCAGUAUCAUAACGUCAACAGCAGUUAACAGGCAUCAAAUUCAAAAUCAGCGAAGUUAUUUGCUUUGGCUGAACACUUAUGGCGUCAGUGUGCCCUAGUGGUUUAGGAUCGUAUCCAUCGCCAAACCAGCAAGCUCAAAAAACAAAUACCCCCGAAGACGAACAGCAAAGUGGAAAAGAACUUACUGCAGUCGACUAUGAAGAUAUUCUGGAAAAAUUUGGCAAAACACGGAACUUACAACUUAAUACAUUUCUAUGGCUCUGUUUACCAGCCUUCUUCCCGGGAAUUGUCGUGAUGUCUUACACUUUCACUGGAGGGACGCCCAAUUAUAGAUGCUUUGUAGAAGCUUGUGACGAAAAUGUUACAACUUUAUCGAAUAACGGUUCAUAUUUCGCUCCCCCAUGGCUCAACCAAGUGAUUCCGUUGCAUAAGGAAAAGGCUAUAGCUCAAUGUUAUAGGUACAACAUUACUUGGGCUAGGAACAAACAUUGCGAUCUCAACCAGUCCAUGCAUGACACAUUGCUGGAAAAAUGCAGCCAUUGGGUUUACGAUACCUCAGUUUUCCGUUCAACCAUCGUCAGUGAUUUCGAGUUAACGUGUGAAAGUGAAUGGAAGCAAACUAUUGCUAGCAGCCUGUUUAUGUUAGGAAUGCUGGUAGGAGCAGUUAGCAUUGGUUACAUAGGGGAUACUAUCGGACGAAGGAAAACAUUUACGCUGAACGUAUUUACACUUGCGAUCGUUACAACCGCUUCCGCAUUUUCACCUGAUUGGAUUACAUUCUGCUCAUUAAGAUUUGUGUCAGGAAUCGGCGCUUCUGGCCACUUCCUAAUCAUCUUUGUUUGGGGAGUUGAAGCCGUCGGGAACAAGUACAGAAUCACUUGCGGAUUCAUUUACCAAAUUAUUUAUGCAGCAGGAUCUGCCUGUCUGGGUAUAGUUGCUUAUUCCGUUCGAGACUGGAGGUUACUUCAGCUUGUUAUUAGCAUUCCCAUGUUUGGUUUUACAACUUUUUAUUGGAUAUUACCAGAAUCAAUUAGGUGGCUGAUAACAAAGAAGCAUUAUCCUCAAGUGAUACAGCUCCUGUUGCAGAAAACUGAUGUGAAUCAAAUCCACGUUGUUCCUGACUACGUUUUAGCCUCUUGUCAUGGAGAAACUAAACGCCAUAUCGAGAAUUCGCGGUUAGGACAUAUUUCCACGAUAGAAUUAAAUGCAGUACAAAAUGGAAGCGAUUAUUCAAGAUAUUUAGAGAAAGCUAAGGUUGAGAGCCUGACUGAUAUUUUGAGGUCAAACAUUUUGAUGAUCCGAUUAAUGAUCAUUUCCAUGGCCUGGAUGGCUGGAGUGAUGGGAUACUACGGCUUAACGUAUUCUGCUGCAAACCUAGUGGGAAACUUUCACAUAAACUACGGACUUUCUAUGCAAGUGGCAAAGCUAGUUGAAAUUCCUGCCUACUUAUUGUGCAUGGUUGUAGUGGAGAACAUUGGGCGAAGACCUAUGUUAACCUGUGGCUUACUAGUCAGCGGUCUUUGCUGCCUCAUGGCCAGUUUGCUACCCGUUGAACGGACAUCUGUUAAAACAGUGUUUUCAAUGGUUGCUAAGCUGUUUGCUGCCUGUGUGACGGCCACUCUCUACUCAUAUACCUCUGAACUGUUUCCGACUUUCGGCAGAAGUGCAAUCGUCGGGUUAUGCUCAACUUGCGGCCGAAUAGGAGGAAUUUUGGCCCCUAUCAUCUCGGAUUGGGGGAAGAGAAGUGAUGUCCACGCCAGUAUGCCUUUCUUCGUUUUUGCCACCAUAAAUAUAUUGGUUGGACUCCUAUGUUUCUUGCUUCCGGAGACCAGGAAGACUUCCUUCCCAUCUACAAUCAAGGAAGCUAUCGAAAUGAAACCAGCAUUCCUAGUGAAUGUUUUCCAAGUAAAAGUUAGAAAGGUCGAGCACCAGGAAAGGCACUAAUAAGAUAGGAUUUUGCAAUUUUGUACUUGAAACACCAAUUCGUGAAACUGGAUGUGUACAUUUUCACAUUUUUGUUUCUAUCGUUAGCGUACCUUGCGUCUACUACAGAUGGUAGAGCGAAAAAAAGAAAGAUAUGGUAAGGAACAGGGUUAAUAGGAAUGAUAAUCAAAAUAGGAGAGUUUGAGAAAC